ACGAUUCAUCUGCACUAAAAUAUGAAUGAAUGCAUGCAUCCAAGUUUGGUCAUGUUAAAUUAAUGUUUCCUAGAAUGCCUCAAGCAACUAGCCUUAUAAGUUUGGUCAUGUUAAAUUAAUGUUUCCUAGAAUGCCUCAAGCAACUAGCCUUAUAAGAGUGCCUAUAAGGGCAAAACACUUCACAGACAUAGACUUUGCAACACUGGUAAUGGAGAGAGCAACUCAAACCAUCCUAUUCCUAAUACUCUUCGCCCAUUCUGGUGCAGCUCAAAAUGCUACCGAAACUGGAGGAGAUGAAUUCCCUGUCGGAGUGAUCCUGGACUUGGGUACACUGGUGGGAAAAAUAGCACAGACCAGCAUUCAAAUGGCCCUGGAAGAUUUCUAUGCAGUUCACGAAAACUACAGCACGAAGCUAGUGCUUCACAUCAGGGACUCCAAUAGCAAUAACGUCCAAGCUGCAUCAGCAGCUCUUGACCUGAUGGAUAGUCAUAAUGUGCAAGUUAUCAUAGGCCCGCAAAAAUCUUCACAAGUUUCAUUUGUAUCAGACCUCGGAAAUAAGACUAAGGUCCCGGUCAUCUCCUUCACAGCAACAAGUCCAUCUCUGUUCUCUGGUAGCCUUCCAUAUUUUGUUCGUGCAACAUUGAAUGACUCUGCACAAGUGAAUAGCAUUGCCUCCCUAAUUAAAGCCUAUGGGUGGAGACAAGUUGUGCCUAUUUACGAAGACACAGACUAUGGUAGAGGUAUCAUACCACAUCUCAUUGACGCCCUCCAAGAAAUCGAUGCCCGUGUUCCCUAUCGAAGUGUGAUCCCUCUGUCAGCAGCCAGUGAACAAAUUACCCAAGAACUAUAUAAGUUGAUGACAAUGCAAACAAGGGUCUUUCUUGUACACAUGUCAUCUGCUUUAGCCUCAGCACUCUUCACAAAGGCGAAAGAGGUUGGUAUGAUGAACAAAGGAUUUGUGUGGGUCGUGACAAAUGGAAUAACCAAUAUCAUAGACUCGCUGAAUCCUUCAGUUGUGGAAGCAAUGAAUGGUGCCUUGGGGAUCAAGUUUUAUGCUCCUAAAUCAGAAGAACUCGACAACUUCACCACGAGAUGGAACAGAAGAUUCCAAAUAGAUAAUCCAAAUGACCCACCAUUGAAACUAAGCAUAUUUGGACUGUGGGGCUACGAUACUAUAUGGGCAGUAGCACAAGCAGUUGAAAAGGUUGGGUUUAACAACAGUACAUCAUUCCAAAAACCAGCAGUCCCCAGAACUUCAGCCAGCUUGGAUAUCUUGGAAACUUCUCCAUACGGACCAGAACUCCUAAAGACCAUCUUGCAAAAUAAAUUUAGAGGUUUGAGUGGAUACUUUGAUCUUUCAGAAAGGCAGCUGCAAGUCUCCACAUUUCAAAUAAUAAAUGUUGUUGGUAAAGAAUGGAGAGAGAUUGGAUUUUGGACAGCUGAAAAUGGUAUUUCCAGGCAAUUAAACUAUGGCAAAUCCGUGACACGGUAUUCAGGGCCAGUUACUGAUCUAAACAGUGUGAUUUGGCCAGGAAAAUCAACAGAGAUACCAAGAGGGUGGGAAAUUCCUGUAAGUGGGAAUAAGCUUCAAGUUGGAGUGCACAGAAGUAUGUACACACAAUUUAUGACAAACGAAAAGAAUCCUAUCACAGGGGCAAUUAAAGCAAGUGGCUUUUCAAUUGAUGUAUUUGAAGAGGCAGUAAAAAGACUUCCCUAUGCAUUACCUUAUGAAUAUGUAGCAUUUGACGAUACCAAUGACACAGGGCGUGCAGGGUAUAAUGAUUUUGUGUACCAAGUUUAUCUCCAGAAAUAUGAUAUAGCAAUUGGGGACAUAACAAUCAGUUUUAAUAGAACUUCCUAUGUCGACUUCACUCUACCAUACACAGAAUCGGGAGUGGCAAUGGUUGUUCCAUUAAGAAAUUCCAACAAUAGAAACGCACUGGUCUUCUUGCAGCCACUAUCACGUGAUCUGUGGUUCAAAAGCAUAAUUUUAUUUAUCUACACAGGAGUUGUUGUGUGGUUAUUGGAGUUUCUAGGCAACAAGACAAAUGUUCGUCGACUGACUGUCGGCAAGCCUGGGAUUAUGAUCUUCUUUUCUCUAUUUGGAGACACGGACGGAGUGGAACGCUUCCUAUCUCGGACUGUUUUGAUUGUAUGGGUAUUUUGCUUCCUUCUCCUUGGGUCAUCUUACACUGCGAACUUGACAACAAUGAUGACUAUACAGCAGUUUAAUUCGAAUGUAACUGAUAUUCAUGUGCUCCGGAAAAGCGGGGAAUAUGUAGGAUACCGUAAUGGAAGCUACGUUGGGAAUCUAUUGAAAACACUUGGUUUUAGUAAGUCAAAGAUCAAGUCCUAUAAUUCCACAGAUGAACUCAAAAUUGCACUCUCCAUGGGAAGCAAAAAUGGUGGUAUUGCUGCCUAUGUGCAUGAAGUCCCGUACAUCAAAUUAUUUCUUGCGGAGAACAGCCAGGCGUACACUAUGGUUGGACCAUUUUACAGGACAGCGGGAUUUGGAUUUGCAUUACCAAAAGGAUCUCCUCUACUUGGAGACAUAUCAAAGGCAAUCCUCGACAUAGUAGAGGGGGACACUAUCAUUCAAAUAGGGAAAAAAUGGAUGGGUGGAUAUCAAGACAAGCACAACAACGAACGCCUUCCGUCCAUUCCAGAUCAACUCACCACUGAUAGGUUUCAGGUGCCGUUCAUGUUUACUGCAGCUGUCUCAACUUCUUCCCUUUUGAUAGCUGUGAUCACUUAUUUGUACGAAAAGAAGAAAGAGCGAAUGACUAACAUGCAAGGUAACCAAAAUGGAGAUGGAGUAGAAGGAAACGACAAAACACAAGACGGAAACGAAAGAGGCAGAGUUCAAGGGCAUGACCAGCUUGAAGCAGGCAGAGAUCAAAAUGACCAGCAACAAGAAGAAACUGGUUCAGCUGUCAUUUAUAGGAAUGAAAAAACUCUUAGCUCAAGAGUGGUGCAUAUCUCAAGUUCAGCCCGUUACUAGCUCAGCUGAGCUGCAUUCCUUCGCGAUGCAAUAUGAAGGAAGCUCAAACAAAAAUA